AUGACUAGAGUUGCAAUGUACCAUGAUGAGAUCUGUGUCUAUGAUGAUAGCGAGAAGGCCACUUUUGUGCUCCUUGGGGAUGCUGGUCCUGAGCUAACAGGUAGUCAAGCAGCGGAGCUUAUUGACAACUACUUCGAGGCUAAUGGGGACAUGGGUGCUAACCAUGAGAUGUCAUCUCCAAAAUGUUUGGUGGGUACAAUUGGCCAAACACACAAAUUCAGGGUCAAAGUCUCCAGCUACAACUUUACAGUUCCGUCACAUACCAUAACUGUGACAGAGGUUGUCUGUCCUGCACUUCUGCCACCAUUUGGAGUAGUAGCAGAAAUCCAACCUUACGCAAUUGAUGAAACAGCACAUGCUCCAGGAGUAAUUCAAUUCUGA